AUGCUGAUCUUCAAGGAUGUUUUCACAGGAGAUGAACUCGCCUCUGACUCCUUUCCAAUGAAGCUUGUUGACGAUCUCAUCUACGAAUUCAAAGGGAAACACGUCGUCAGAAAGGAGGGUGAGAUCACUCUUGCCGGAUCGAAUCCAUCCGAGAACCCCGAAGAAGAAGCUGAUGCUGGUGUGGAUGAUAGCAGCGUUCAACGUGGAAUCGAUUUCGUCCUCAACCACAACCUCCAGGAAAUGAACUGCUACGAGGAUACUACCAUCUUCAAAAGCUACGUGAAGACGUUUAUGAAGAAGGUUAUUGAGCACAUGGAAAAGGAGGGAAAACCGGCGGAUCAAGUCAACGACUUCAAGAAGAAAAUUCAAGCAUGGGUCGUCUCCCUUCUCUCCAAGGAGCGCUUUAAGAAUCUUGCCUUCUUUAUCGGUGAACGACAAGCUGAAGGAAACGGAGAGGGACAAGUCGCUAUUGUGGAGUACCGUGAUGAGAAUGGAAAUGAGGUUCCAACGUUGAUGCUUGUCAAGGAAGCGCUCGAACAAGAGAAAUGC